UUUUUGGAUAGUCAAGGGGAAUAAAAGGGCGGUGGAUGGCGGGCCGAUGGAUAACGAACUCCGUAUUGUCCCAACUUGGUUUGCGUCCCUAUAACAAUCGACUGCAAACAAUUGCAACCCCUCUUUUUGCUUUCUCUUCCUUCCCUGACCCCCGCCUUUUUAUCUCUUUCUUUUUUUUCUUCUCUCUCACAUUACCCACACGCCAUUGACUGACUACUUGCGCAAUGUACGAUCAGAAGAAAGACAAGCCUAAAGAUUACCUAUUGGGUCUUCACUGGGCCGCUACAACUGGCAAUGUUGGUCUAGUCAAGUUUGCGCUUGAUCAUGGUGCACCGAUUGAUUCGGUGGUGAAUGGAUUCAUGCCUUUACAACUUGCAUGUAUCAGUGAUAAUAAUAUUGCGGUGGUGCAAUAUCUCAUUGAUCGUGGAGCGCAAGUCAAUGCACAGAGAUGGUCGAAAAAACACAGCGCAGAUAAAUCACAAGCCGUAGCAGGUGCUACAGGCUCCACCGCUCUUCACGUCGCCUGUGCCAACGGAUGUGCAAAGAUUGUUGAUUUGCUACUACGCAACAAUGCCCAAGUCGAUGUCAAAGACAAGUACGGAUCCACUCCCAUGGAUGUCGCUGCCGCCAAGCAUUAUAUGGAAAUUGCCAAGCUAUUGGAAACCUUUGGACAAUUACAAAAACAGCAAAAGAAGGAACAUGAACAACAACAACAGCAGCAGCAGCCGUACCAGGAACGACGGUCAAUGGAUUUACCGGCGCGCGAUGAACGCAUUGAACGACUUCGCCGACCCAGCUUGCCUUCUAUUUUUGAAGGCAAAUCUCAGAAAUUAGAUGUGCCUCCGCUGUCGACGCUCCCUCAAAUAUUACCAUCCCGACAGAGUUUGAACACAGCACGGCCAUCGCUGGACGAUCUCCCCGACACAUCCACUCCUUCCUCUUCCAUCGACAUUCAUCGUCGUCGUCCUUCUCGAAAUAAAACGCCCGAAUUAGCUUCCUCAUUGGUAUCGUCACCGGAUGACAGCACGAUUAUCGGUACUCCGCCCGCCGAAGAUUGGGAAACGGUGGCUCCACGUCCCAAGAAAUGUGACUGGUAUGGGCAUGGCGUCAUUAGCGAUUAUGGGGAUGAAAGUUAUCUGGCAUCUUUGGAACGGAAAGCGUUCAACUUGGAAGAUCGAUCGCGUGCUUCCCUUGAUCAGUAUCGAACACGCAACUCCAUGGAUGGCCAGCGGCCGUCCCUGAAAAGAUGUAGCUCCGACGGCGGCCGAUUACGAACCACGGCGCUGAUGAAUGCAAUGGCCGCCAAGGCCGCCAACAACCAAGAAUAUACCACGACAGACGGUCAAUCUACCUUUGUAGACGAAGAAGCCAUGCCACGGCCCUCAGUUGCUGUGGACGAUGGACCGGAAGCAGAAGCAUUGCGCCACUUCCAAGAAAAAGAGAUGAAAAAGGCAUGGUGGAGCGCAUUUGGCGGACGAAAGUCGAUGGAUGCAGCCACCUACCACCAUCAGUACCAGGGUUAUACCAACGGACGUUAUUCCGCCGAUGUGCCUCGUAAAAGCUUGGACUUUCGACCCAGUUUUGACGGUCUUUCGCAACUGGCGAAAAAGACCAUGGAACCUUUAUCACGAAAAAGCAUUGACGACGAUGAUAUUGAUCUCCAAUACCCAAUGAACCGAUCCAACAAUCGUCCUGGUUUCUUCUCCCGAUGGGUGGGUGCUUGGUCCAAGAAAUAAUCACUCGCAGUCUCGUAUUUUUCUUUGUGACAUUUUUGUUAUUGUUUUUUUUUUUUGUUCUUCUUCUUCUUCUACAGGUUGACUGUUUCUAUAUACUCUUCACACC